AUGGUACGUGACGGAGAGGGCCUCUUGCCUCUAAAUAUUGCACUUCGUCAACACAUCAAGCCAUGCGCUUCUUUUCUGCUCGCCAAGCAGUGGUGCCGAGUUCCAUACAAACAGAGCAGUCUUUCACUGCUCAUUUUUGCCUCAUUGCGUAACUGGGCGGAUAUAGCCCGCGACCGAGUCCAGGCAGCCAGUGCCCUGGCUAUGGGACUACAGCGAAGGCGCCCUCAUGCUACCAACAGAAUUUGCCCACUUCUUGUUUAUAGUGUUGUAUCCCUCUCUCUCAACCCCACUUCAGCAACCUCAUUUGCCAAUUCGCCCCAUCCUGUGUCGUCGUUUGCUCCAAAGUCACCCAAGAGUGUGUCGCUUCAAGUGGAUUUAGUGAAGCAUAAUCACCUUCACCAUCGGUUUCAGAUGCCGUUCGCAGAGCUUCAGGAUCUUAGCUUCUGA